UGCAGACUGCUUCUACAAACAUUUGUAAAAAAACUGUGCAAUAAGUCCAUCCAUGAAAUUUCCUUGCUACUAAAUAUUCCACAGUCAACAGUUAGUGGUAUUAUAACAAAGUGGAAACAACUGGGAAUAACAGCAACUCAGCCACAAAGAGGUAGGCCACGUAAAAUAACAGAGUAGGGUCAGUGCAUGCUGAAGCGCACAGUUGCCAACUGUCUGCAGAGUCGAGAGCUAAAGUCCUUCAAACUUCGAGCGGCCUUUAGAUUAGCACAACAACAGUGCGUAGAGAGCUUCAUGGAAUGAGUUUCCAUGGCCGAGCAGCUGCAUCCAAGCCUUACAUCACCAAGUGCAAUGCAAAGCGUCAGAUGCAGUGGUGUGCAGCACAACGCCACUGGACUCUAG